AUGAUGUUAAUACCGAUUCUGUUGCUGCUCGCGAGCGUGGUUCAUGGAGAUCAUGGGUCAACCUUCGAACCAGAGGAUUUCAGUGUGAUCAGCGCUCUGGUCGAUGUUGGAUUCGAUGUCUCAGGUAUCCCAGAGAUAAAUCUGUCAAACGACGCAGGAGAUUCGGCAUCUCUGAUAGCGCGCUGCACGCCUGCUUGUGCCACAUUACAACAGCGAUAUAGUGAGGAUGCAUUGCAUAUGGCGAGUGAGACACCCUACACAAACUUCACUGGAAGCUACUGGGCCUCAAACCAGGGCGAAGUGAGGCCUCACUGCAUCUUCAAACCCUCAAGUCGGGAGGCCGUGCAGACUCUGGUGCUGCUCUCACGGCAUACGGGAUGUCCCUUCGCCGUCAAGAGUGGCGGCCAUGCUGCGUUUCCUGGGGCAUCCAGCAUCGAGGGCGGCAUCACUGUGUCCCUGGAGAGGCUUGACCAAGUGUUGCUGUCCGAGGACAAGAAGCUGGCCACAAUAGGUGCGGGAAAGAUCGCCUACCAGCUUUAUCAAGAGCUCGGCGAGCACGAGCUCACCGUGCUCGCUGGACGCGGGGCGACCAUUGGCAUAGGUGGAUUCACCCUCGGGGGCGGAAUCUCCUUCUUCUCCAGCCGGCAUGGGCUCGCCUGUGACAAUGUAGUAAGCUUCGAGGUUGUCACUGCCAGAGGCGAAAUCGUCACUGCGAGCCCAACCCAGCACCCAGAUCUCUUCUGGGCCCUGCGCGGCGGCGGGAACAACUUUGGCAUUGUCACGAGCUUCGAGGUGGAGACCAUCCUGCUGCCCAGGAACGAAUUGUGGCAGAAGCACAAGAUCUACACGCACUGGUGGUCUUCUGCAAACCUCAUCGACGCCUUUGCGCACGCCGUGAGCGAGGCGGACAGGGACCCUGACGCGGGGCUCUGGGUGGCCUGGGUGAAGUACAAGGGUGUGAGGAUCGCGUCCACGCAGCUGUGGCACGGCGCGGCCAACGGGCAGGACUCGGUGGUGUUUGAGAAGUUCAACAAGCUGCGGCCUGUCUACGAGGAAGGGGGCAACAUCUCGCUACCCGCCAUGACCAAGAAUAUCGAAAGCCAGAACCGGUAUGGGCUGCGCGAGUGCUUCUACGAGAUCACCACCAGGGCCGAUCCUCGCAUCCUCAAGCCGGCUCUGGCGUAUUUCUGGGAGGCGGUCGACGCGCUGGCCAAGGUGCAGGGCGCGCUUCCUGCUCUCGUCUGGCAGGGCUUCACGCAGCCCCAGCUGCGGGCCAUGAAGAAGAACGGAGGAAACCCGCUGGGCCUGACUGUGGAGGAUGGACCUUACUACAACAUCGAGGUUGCCAUCUACUGGGACAAGGCCGAAGACGACGAGCUCGUCCACUCGACGGUAUCUGCCGUCCUGACCAAGAUCAACGUGGAGGCAACUGCCCUUGGGUGCCAGGCGGACUAUGUCUACAUGAACUACGCCAGCCGGUACCAAGACGUCAUCAGCAGUUAUGGUGCAGAGAACAAGGCCAGGCUGAAGAGCAUCGCCCAAGAGUACGACCCGACUGGUGUCUUUCAGACCCUACAGCCCGGUUAUUUCAAGCUGGACCACGCACCGCUGCCGGACCCCAAGUUCUUCUCCUACCCGUAA